CCCCAGCUUGCCCCUGCAGCGCCUUCUUUCUCCGCCAUCUCCAACCAGACUCCGCCCUCCUACAGCAACCUGAUGGCCAGCCUCAACAGCCCAGGUCAAUCCAGAGGGAGAGAUGUGGGCCAGCACCAGCUUUCAUCUCAGGGGGGGUUGGCAGAGUAUCACCCCCGUCCCAUGCACAGCCCCCCCCCCUCUGCGGAGAGCCAGUCUACCCCUUUUCACAACGACCUACAACGCUGCCAACCCAGCUCCACCUCUCCUUAACACCCUGGCUCACAACCCACCUCUGUUCCUCGAUGCUCUGGAGUGUGGCUCCUCCCAGGCUCUGCAGACUGACACCAGUUCUCUAUUUGACUUUGGGGAUAAACUGGACUACCUGACCUCAGGCCAGCAGAACAACCCACUCUCCUACCAGCUCCAGACCUCCUACCCCUCCACUCAGCUCCAGCACCAACCUCAGGCAUCUCUGUCCCGCAUGGCCUACCUCACCCCCUCCCCCUACCUUACCCCCAACCCUCCAGAUUCCAACCCUACCUCCUACCUGACCUUCGGCCCCGGGGGAAACUCCACUGGGAUUGUGACCUACUCCACUGGAGGCCAAGCUUACUACCAGUCCCAGAGCGCAGGACAAAUCCUGCUGCAGUCGGCCGGUCAUCCUGGUGGGAUCACAGCCUACCAGUCGUACCCGUGGGGCAGCAUGUACAGCCAGCCAGCCCUGCACCAGCGCUCUCAGUGCCCUCCAACUUACCCCGGUAGCCGAGGUGCUCGAGACCCCCAGCCGCCCUCCUCCAACACCCUGCCUCCCCCUUCUUACUUCAUCCGGGGGGACCACGCCGUGCCCUCACAUGCAAACUCCCAGCGAUCAUCCCACACCAGCAGCAGCUGCACCACCACCGUCCUCCCCCCUGUGUCCACCCUGCGGCCCUCUCGCCUCAGAGCGGAGAUCACUCCCACCAAGGCUGCCUCCCUGCUGUCUUCUCAGGUCAGCCCUGCCUCCCCAGACAGCUCUCCAGUGCCCCCUUGUGUCAAGAUUGAGUAUGACAGUCCUCAAGAGAUUCACAGCCACUUCCAAUGCGACUUCUCCCUCAAUAAUUUUUGAAGACAUGUUUGUUUGUGUGAGAGUGUGUGCUUUAAGUGUUAAUAUAUAUCCUGUUUAAAUGUAAGUAUUUCUGUGUUUUCCAUUUGUAUUAUUAUUAUUAGGAUGUUCUCGAUAUUACUGUAAGCUGGUUCGGUUGGGCUGCCUUUAGCUGCAAUAAAUGCUCAUUGUUCUGUUAAUCCUUAUUUAUGCAUUUAACUAGCAUUGCUGUGAUUUAAAUCAGCAGUCUCCGACAUGUUAUGGCUCCAAGGAAUGUUUUUAUUGAGAAAAUGUUGUUGCAGACCGGAGAGGGGUGUGGGAGGCGGGUUAAUUGCAAAGCGUAAUUGUUCCCCACAUCCCCAUCAGUAUGUGCAUGCAUAUUCACAUUUUGACUUAGUGUUUCAAACACACAAAUAGGCCUUAAUGCG